AUGCCAAAUCCCUUUUCAACGGCCGGCAGCAGGAAGAUGCACUGGAAGAAGCUGAUUGUCCGCAACCUCCCGUUCGACGCGACCCGCGCCGAGGCCGUCGGUCUCUGCGGGUACCCGCUGCCGGCGCCCAUUGACGCCGACGCGCCGCUUAGUGAGCCCAGCCUCAAGGAGGUCCAGGCGGCGUGCCCGGCCUUCUACCGCUUCGAAGCCGGCAAGCCGACCAAGAAUGGCAUGCCUGCGAUGCCCGCGCGCUUGUACCUGCACUUUCGCAAGGACCCGGACGAGCUGCUCAAGGUGCUUGCCGCGCUCAACGGCAAGGCUGUCGAAAGCAGCAAUGGCGUCGCAGCCGUGCUCGAAGCGGCGGUCGCGCCCAACCAAAAACUGCCCCGCGAGAAGCGGCGACGCGACAACAAGGUCAACACGUACGAGCGCGACCCCGAGUUUGUGGUCUUUCUCGAGGAGCUCGAGAACCCGACGGUGCCCGAGCCGAUGGUUGCCGACGGCGACGACGCCGAGGCCAAGCCCGUGCCUGCGCUCGUCAAGUUUUUGAACGAGCGCCGCAGCAAAGCCAAGCUGCGAAGCGCGUCGACGAUGACGUUUGGGCGCAACGGCAAGUCGCAGAAACCCAACAAGGCUGCACAGAAGGGCAAGUCCAAGAAGACGUCAUCAACCGACAUGAUGGAUGUCAAUGCAGCGGCCGACACGACCAAAACGGGCCAACGCAAGCAACGCGAACGUCGUCGCAAGGACCGCGCGCCUGUGGUCGACGAGCCCAAGCCCGAGCUUCAACCCGGCAUGUUCCGCAUCAUGCCCAAGGCCGCCCCUGUGGCAAGCGCGCCCGCUCCGCCCCUGCCGCCGCCGCUCCCCGCGUCGUUGAAUGCUGCCUCUAUGACGUUCGAGAUGCCGCCUGCACCGACGGACGAGGGUGGUCGUGGUGGUCGCGGGCGAAGCCGGUCGGGCCGAGGAAAGAAGCCCAAGCCAGAAGGCGGCCGCGGUGGUGGCGACGGCGGCAGUCAUCCUCGCGGCAACGGUGGUCGCGGUGACAGCAACGGCAACGGCGGUCGUGGAGACGGCAACGGCGGUCGCGGCGACGGCAACGGCGGUCGUGGUCAGGGUCGACGGUCCAACAAGGGCCCGAAGACCGCGCCGCCCCUUCCUACAUCGUAA